AUGACUGCCACACAAGUCCCCCAGACCGACCCCCGUCGCGCUACUCGUCUUUUAAAAGUCUUCAGAGACGUCACCAAAGGAGGGCGCACCCUCACGACGGCCGCUGAUGCCCGUCUCUUCCUCGAAGCGAUUCGGACGAACGAGUCCCCGACCGAAUGCUUGGAGAUCGUCACAGCCAGCAAUGUCGCUCAGAACGCUCUUCGUCACAGCCUUCGAACCGACUCCUCGGUCUUUUUCAUCCGCUCACAUGUGCUCUCUUUCGUCGCUUAUCUGAGCGAACCCGCCGUCAAGAUGGCCUACAAUGGCCAGCUGCUCCAUCAGGUUCUCCAGCUCAUCAUUCAACCUCCCGUCCUCUGGGGCAAUCUUUUCAAGGCCUACGAGCAAGCUCACUUCAAUGAGGAUGAUCUUCGUGUCUUUGCAUGGCUGUGCUUCGAGCUUGCAAGCAUCCAGGGCAAAGACCAUGAUAGUAUCAUUGGCGACAUAUCGUCUGCGCUGGACCAGAACCCGUUCAAACAAGCCCAGGAUCAUAGGACCCGCGACCUGACUUAUAGGAUCAAGAAGGUUCUUGCCCUGAGAUCUUCUGCCAGCCCCGGAGAAAACCUUGAAACUGCUGGUGGCCGCCACGAUAACGACUUUGCCAACUUCCGGGAGAUCUCAAUCUUCCCCACUAGCGACGAAUUCUAUUCCAGCGAAGUCCCAUUCUACAGACGGGCAUCCGAACUUGCCACCAUCGGGGCUGCUGACCGACCGCGACUCCAUCUCGACAACCAGUUCCGUCUCUUGAGAGAGGACAUGCUUGGCGAACUCCGCGAUGACCUGAAGGUGGCCAUCGGAAGGAAGAGAGGAAAGAAGAGUCCUCAGAUCCUCAGCGGACUUGUCCCGUUCGGUAUUGAUACUGGCGAUGAAAAACGGGGACGCUCGACUGCCUUGCUUCUCCAUUGUUAUUCCGGAUUGGAAAUAUUGCGUCCUCUUUCUCUCGCCAAGCGCAAGAAGUUCCUGGAAGACAACAAAGGGUUCCUUCGUCACCAAUCUUUCGGCGCUCUUUGCGGCGACAACAACAUCGUCGCCUUUGCCUUCCUGGUCAGGGAUGUUGACCAGCUGGUGAAAGGACCGCCUGCAAUUGCUUUGCAGUUUACUAGCAGCGAGGCUCUCGCUAGAGCCCUGAAUGCUCUUCAGUCACCCAAGGACCUCCGGUUCGUGCUAGUGGACACCCCCGUCUUCGCCUAUCAACCAGUCCUCGAAUGCUUGCAGGAUAUUACUGAGAUGCCCAUGGAGGGAGGCCUUCUCCACCUACCAGACGAUGAUGAGGAUAGCCGGCCUAAGCCUCUCGAGCUCUCGCCGAGAGCACAGGCUCAUGUGAAAAUAUUGGAGAAGAUGGUAGAGCGAGGCUCAUCAGUGAAGGGUCUCGCCAUAGGCGGCAAAAACUUCCGGCUCGAUGAUUCCCAGACCAAGUCUGUGCUGCAUGCGCUUCAGAGCCCAAUCGCCCUCAUUCAAGGCCCGCCUGGUACUGGGAAAUCCUUUGUUGGCGCAUUGGCGGCAAGGAUUCUUCGGGACAACAGCAAGCGUAUCCUGGUUCUCAGCUACACCAACCACGCCCUCGACCAAUUCCUCGAAGACUUGAUGAACAUCGGUAUCCCGUCUGGUGACAUAGUGCGCCUCGGCUCCAAGUAUAAUGAAAAGACAGAGAAGCUGCUACUUGACAAGCAGCUAAGGGGCAGCUCUUUCAAGAAGACUCGGGAGGCAUGGAUGAUGAUCGACGCGGCGAAGUCCGAUUUGGCCGACAUACGUGAGGAACUCCAGAAUGCCUUCAAUGCCCUUGCCAAGAGCAAGGUCAGCUUUGUCGACCUGUUAGAUGCCCUCGAAUUUUCGGACGACGACCAAAACUUUUACGAUGCGUUCGCUCUCCCAGAGCAAGAGGAUGGCUUUCAACUUGCAGGAGGCUCAAGAAGGGUCAUGUCGGCCGACUAUCUGAUAGAACGAUGGGCACAAGGCAAAGAUGCUGGCGAGCUGAGGAAGACAAUUUCAAAGGGCAGCAAACAAAUUUGGCAGCUUCCCAUCGCGCAAAGACAUCAACAUGUCGACAAUUGGGUCCGGCGCCUACGGACAGAACAAAUCGAGACAGUCUGGCGCCUCGCGGAGCGUUUCAACCAAAGCCAAAGCCAGCUCGAGACGCUGUUCAACGAGUCGAAAUGCAGUCUGGUGCAGGACAAAAGCGUUCUGGGCUGCACGACGACUGCGGCUGCCAAAUACAAAUCUCUCAUCAAGGCCGCCAGACCCGAUGUUGUUCUCGUCGAGGAGGCUGGUGAGAUCCUGGAGGCCCACGUGCUUACUGCCCUGCAUCCAGCAACGAGUCAACUGAUCUUAAUUGGGGAUCACAAGCAACUGCGACCGAAGAUCAACAACUACACUCUCAGCGUGGAGAAAGGGGAGGGCUUUGAUCUUAACCAGUCACUCUUCGAGCGUUUGAUACUCCAAGGCCAUGAGCAUGUGACUCUCCAGAAACAACAUCGCAUGCACCCAGAAAUCUCACAUCUCGUCAGGCAGAUGACCUACCCUAAGCUCCAGGACGACGAGAAAACCUUCCAACGAGCGGAGCCCAGAGGACUGCAGGGCAGAGUCAGCUUCAUCAACCACAGCCAUCCCGAAGACUCCGCAGACGAGAUCGCCGAUCGUCGCGACUCUGGUUUCACGGCAAGCAAGAAGAACCAAUUCGAAGCUCAAAUGGUACUGAGAUUGGUGAGGUAUCUGGCACAGCAAGAAUACAAGACCAACAACAUUGUCGUUCUCACCCCUUACCUUGGGCAGCUUCGUCUUCUCAGGGAUAUGCUGAGCGAAGAAAAUGACCCUAUUCUCAACGAUAUGGACUCUUAUGAGCUCGUCCGCGCUGGACUGCUGACUGCAGCUGCUGCCAAAGUCAAGUCAGGCUCUGGCCUCAUCAAGCUUUCGACCAUAGACAACUACCAAGGCGAGGAAAGCGACAUUGUCAUCGCCUCCAUGACUCGCAGCAAUAACAAUGGGGAUAUUGGGUUCAUGAAAGCGCCUGAACGGUUGAACGUCCUCUGUUCCCGCGCCAGAGAGUGUCUGAUCAUGAUCGGAAACAUGGAAACAUUCAUGAAGUCAUCUCAGGGCAAGCAGGUCUGGGUACCGUUCUUUGCUUUGUUGAAGGAGAAAGAGUACUUGCACGAUGGCAUCCUUGUCCGUUGCAAGCAGCAUCCCGACAAGACAGCGCUUCUGGAAAACCCCAAGGACUUCGACAUCAAGUGCCCCGAUGGUGGUUGCGACGCAAUUUGCAACGCUCCAUUGUCCUGUGGUAAACAUCAUUGCCAGAGACGAUGCCAUCCCAUUUCGAAUCACAGCAAGGUUACAUGCCAUGAGCGCAUCAAGAAGACGUGUGAUCGCGGACACAAGUACAGCGUGCCCUGCACUGACGAGAAAGCUGGCUGUGGGGCUUGCCUGAGAGAGGAUGAAGACACCCGCAGGAGGAUACAGAGGGAUCUGCGAAUGGAGGAGGAGAGAAUGCUGGCGCAAAAGCGAUACGCCCAAGAACUUCAGCAGGUGAAGGACGAGCUUGACCACGAGAAACGAAGGCUCAAGUACGCUCAAGAGGAUGAGGACCACAAGAUCGCCAUGGAAAAAGCUCGUGCCGAUGUAGAAGCCCUGAAACAAACGAGGGCCCGUACAGAGGCGAUGAAGACAGCUGCUGAGGCCGCCAAAAAGGUUCCAGGCGCGUUCCCCGAGACCGAAACAUCGUCGUCGCCACCGCCUGCUCCAGGUAGCGCAAGGGAGGAGUGGGACAUCUUGAAGAAACAGAAUGGAGAAAGUAGCGCCGCGCUGGAUGAUGUAAUGGACUUGAUCGGCUUGGAAAGCGUCAAGGAACAAUUCUUGUCUAUCAAGAACAAGGUCGACACAUCUGUGCUGCAGAAUAUUUCCUUGUCCAAGGAGAGGUUUGGCUGCACUUUGUUGGGCAACCCGGGCACUGGAAAGACAACCGUUGCACGAAUCUAUGGGAAGUUCCUCACAUCCGUUGGGGUCAUCGCCGGCAGUUCGUUCAAUGAAACUACGGGCUCAAAGCUUGCGAACAUGGGCAUUGGUGGCUGCCAGAAGAUGGUUGAGAAGAUCCUUGAGGACGGCGGCGGUGUAAUCUUCAUUGACGAAGCCUACCAGCUCUCAUCUGGUAACAGCCACGGUGGGAAGGCAGUGCUCGACUUCUUACUCGCCGAAGUUGAAAAUCUUACAGGGAGGAUCGUCUUCAUAUUGGCCGGUUACAACAAGCAGAUGGAGACUUUUUUCGCCCACAAUCCUGGCUUCCCGAGUCGCUUCCCGAUACAGAUGAAGUUCGAUGACUACAAUGACGACGAGCUUCUCCAAAUCCUGCAACGGCAAGUCAGGCGGAAGUAUGAGGGCCGGAUGAAAUGGGAGGAUGACCUUUAUCUUCGAAUCGUCGCCCGCAGACUCGGCCGUGGACGAGGCAAAGAAGGAUUCGGCAAUGCUAGAGCGGUCGAAAACCUUCUGAAUGUCAUAUCUGGCAGGCAGGCCAACAGGAUCCGCAGAGAGCGCAAGAAGGGAAAGAAGCCGGAACAUUGGUUGCUCACGAAAGAGGAUAUGAUCGGCCCAGAGCCCUCCAGUGCUCUCGAAAAGUGCCCGGCAUGGAUAAAGUUGCAGAAGCUCAUUGGACUUUCAUCGGUAAAGGCGUCCGUCAAGGCAUUGGUUGACAGUAUUCAAACCAACUAUCGUCGGGAGCUUGCAGAGGAACCCGUCAUCGAGUAUUCCCUCAACAAGGUCUUUCUCGGCUCACCUGGUACCGGAAAGACCACAGUCGCGAAGCUCUACGGACAUAUACUCGUUCAUCUGGGCCUCUUGUCCAAUGACGAAGUAAUUGUAAAAAACCCUGCCGACUUCACGGGCGCUGUUCUGGGAGGGUCCGAGGCCCAGACCAAAGCCAUUCUCGCCGCCACCGUCGGAAAGGUGUUGGUCAUCGACGAGGCGUAUGGCUUGUAUGGAGGCGGUGGUGCUUCUGGCGGAAACGCCACUUCAGACCCUUACAAGACUGCAGUCAUUGAUACCAUCGUUGCCGAAAUCCAGAGCGUUCCGGGAGAAGAUCGUUGCGUCCUCCUGCUCGGCUACAGAGACCAAAUGGAGGAGAUGUUUCAAAACGUCAACCCAGGCCUCAGUAGGCGCUUCCCCAUAUCAUCUGCAUUUAAUUUUGAAGAUUUCGGUGGCCCCGAGAUGCGGCAGAUUUUGGACUUGAAGCUCAAGGAUCAGGCAUUCACGGCAACAGAUCAGGCGAAGCAAGUGGCGAUGGAGUUGCUGGACCGCGCGCGCAAUCGCCCUAACUUUGGCAAUGCUGGUGAGAUCGAUAUCGUUUUAGACCAGGCAAAGAUUCGCCAUCAACAGCGCCUAUCCUCCAACCAGACGACCCAGGUGUCAACCCUCGAACCGUUCGACUUCGACGAGAACUAUGACAGAGCAGAGAGAACGGACACCAACGUAGCUAAGCUAUUCGAAGGCACCGUCGGUUGUGAAGCGAUUGUGGAAAAGCUGCAAGGCUUCCAAAAGAAUGUCCGCGCGAUGAAAGAGCUUGGCAUGGAUCCGAAGGAGAACAUUCCCUUCAACUUCCUCUUCCGUGGACCGCCAGGAACCGGAAAGACGACGACGGCAAGGAAGAUGGGCAAGGUGUUCUAUGACAUGGGGUUUUUGGAGAACGCAAAAGUCAUCGAAUGCUCGGCAACAGAUCUCAUUGGAUCGUAUGUUGGACAGACCGGCCCUAAAGUACAACAACUUCUUGACAAGGCGCUUGGCCGCGUCUUGUUCGUUGACGAAGCCUACCGUCUUGCGGAGGGCGGCUUCGCCAAAGAGGCUGUCGAUGAGCUCGUUGAUUGCGUGACGAAAGACAAGUACAAGGGCAAGUUGAUCAUAAUUCUUGCAGGUUACGACAACGAUAUCAACAGGCUACUGUCGAUCAACCCAGGCAUGUCCAGCAGGUUCCCGGAGGCCAUUCAAUUUCAUCCCCUUGGGCCAGGACAGUGCUAUGAGCUCUUGCUUCAGCUGCUGCUAAGACAGAAGUGUGAAUUUGAGGCAGCGAAAUCGACGACAAAGGUUCUGGUAGACUGCCUGCAUCAACCUAGCGACGAUUUCAAAGAGGACGUCCUCAUGUACUUCAGCGACCUUUCCAGAUUGUCCAGCUGGGCCAGUGCCCGAGACGUGGAGUGCGUCAAGAAAUCCAUCUUCAAUGAGGCCAUGAAGUCGCGACAGCGCACCACGAUCGAAGUUACAGAGGAAAUUGUCACGGCGGAGCUGCACAAAAUGCUUGAAGAGCGCGAGAGCCGCGAAAGACACGAGGGAACCUUUGGUAACAUACCGCAAUUGCCAACCCUUCAGAUGGGGCCUUCACCCGAAGCUCAUCAUCAGGUUCGGACUCAGCAGCAGACCCAGACAACGACGACCGCUGCUUCCGAAGGCGAGGAGAUAGUCUACACGCCACCUGAAAGUCCAGUCGAAGAGGAGGUCAACAAUGGAACUCGGCUGGUCAAUCGAGAUGAUGGUGUCAGCGACGCGGAGUGGGCGCAACUCGAGCUGGACAAGAGACUCCGGGAGGAGAAGGAAGAAGAGUAUCGCGUUUUGAUGAAGGCUCAAACACAAGCGACCAACGCCGCAAGAGAAGCCAUUCUGAAGUCUUUGCUCGAAGAAGAGGCUGAAAAGAAAGCUCAGGAGGAGAGGGACGAAGAACGUCGGCGCCAGAUCGAGGUUCGAAGAAAGAAGGCGGCCGCGGAAGCUGCCGCCGCCGCUGCCGCGCGAGACGCCAUCCGGAACCAGAUGAUCAAGGAGGAGAAACAGCGGCAGAAAGAGGAAGAAGAGCGUAGGAAAGCAGCGAUUAUUGGCCAAUGUUGUGCAGGAUUCGAAUGGAUCAAACAGCAUGGCGGGUACAGGUGUGCUGGAGGCAGCCAUUUCGUCACGGACGCCGAGAUUGCCAGCGCUUGA